AUGACUGGUCACAGGGACACUACUGGUCCAGAGAGAUUUCGAAGUCUUAUUCCAAGCUACAUUAGAGAUUCUUCUGUAGCAGUCAUUGCCUAUGAUGUUGGAAGGAAUAAAACUGAUCUUGUUGAAAGAAGGUGUGGAGAAAAUUUCCAUGAUUUUCUACCUUUGCCUCUAUUUCUAAAAAUAUUUGCUGCAUUGCCUGGAAUGGAAGCUUUUUCCUCCACAAAACAGGAAGAUAUGGUCGAUAUGAAUUUGAAGCCAACCACAAAUACAACCCAAACAAAGCAGCAAGGAGGAGCCAAGAUGUCAAUGGAGGAAUCUUCAUCAGGAGCUAUGAUCAAGCUCACUAUCACCAAUUACAUACUAUGGAGGCCUCGGAUGGAAGACCUCCUCAGUUGUAAGGAUUUGUAUGACCUCCUAGAAAUCAAAGGAGAUAAAUGCAUAUGCCCUUUGGAAGAUUCUGGAGGGCAUGUACCAGGCCAAGACCGUUUGAAACAAAGCCCUGUUGAUGAGGCGUUUGGUGAAUCUGAAAUUAAAGAGUGGAACUUCAGUUGCUGA